AUGACCGCCAAUGAAGCGGCAGAAAUUAUCCAGCAUAACGACAUGGUGGCAUUUAGCGGCUUUACCCCGGCGGGUUCGCCGAAAGCCCUACCCACCGCGAUUGCCCGCAGAGCUAACGAACAGCAUGAGGCCAAAAAGCCGUAUCAAAUUCGCCUUCUGACGGGUGCGUCAAUCAGCGCCGCCGCUGACGAUGUACUUUCUGACGCCGAUGCUGUUUCCUGGCGUGCGCCAUAUCAAACAUCGUCCGGUUUACGU